AUGCAUAUAAAGAAGCUACCCAACGUCGAUGCCGUCCGGGGCGGCGAGAUACACUCCGGCGAGCUCCAUCUCACAGACCACCACCUAGUAUUCGUAUUCCCGAAUGCCCCGACCCACGAUGCACCAUCACAACCAAGUGCUCCGAAGACACGUGAGCUCUACAUCGCCUACCCCAUAAUCAGCAACUGUAUCUUUCGACCAUGUCCCAGCGCUACUGGGCGGCCGUCCUCCAUAAGACUACGGUGUAGAGAUUUCAUCUUUAUCAACUUCAACUUCCUCGACGAGCUCCGUGCUCGGGAAGCCUUUGAACACAUCCGAAAUCGCACGUGUCGCCUGGGCACGAUAGAGAAGUUGUAUGCUUUCAGUUACCAACCCCUGAAGCUCGAGAAGCCGUUCGACGGGUGGCGUCUAUACGAUCCGAGGGCCGAGUUCCGACGUCAGGGGAUUAGCAACAAGUCGGUUGACAGGGGUUGGAGGAUCUCUCUGAUAAACAAGGAUUACACCUUCUCUCCGACUUAUCCAGGGCUCCUUGUUGUGCCCUCCAAGAUCUCCGACAAUGUCAUAAAAUAUGCUGGCUCGUACCGGUCCAGACAGCGCAUACCUGUUUUGACCUAUCUUCACUCCCUUAACAACUGCUCCAUAACGCGAAGCUCGCAGCCGAUGGUGGGCUUCAGAGGGAAUCGUAGCAUCCAGGAUGAGAAGCUUGUCAGCGCGUGUUUUUCUGCGUCCGCUACCGUUGAGUUUAAUGGAAUAGAUGCUUCCGCUCCGGAAACGACAGAGCCCAGUCCAGCUACCAGUCAGGUAGACCUGGGGGAAGACAGUCUGGAAGCGGAGACAUCGGAUACAGAGCGCUUCGAAGAUGAUCUCAUCGCUGGGAACGAUUCUAAUUACGAUUCUAAAACCGGGAAGCGGCUGGUUUACGGUGCGCAGCAAAGCAAUCUCAUCGUGGAUGCCCGGCCCACCAUCAACGCGGUUGUAAUGCAGGCAAUGGGGAAAGGGUCGGAAAAUAUGGAGUAUUAUAAAUUUGCCAAGAAGGCGUACCUGAAUAUCGAGAAUAUUCAUGUCAUGAGAGACUCGCUCAACACCGUCAUAGAAGCCCUCAAAGAGGGUGACAUUUCCCGCCUACCUCCGAAUCGCGAACUGCUCGCGAAAAGCGCCUGGCUCAAGCAUAUCACCGGUAUUCUCGACGGGUCGGCGUUGAUCGCGCGCCAGGUGGGCAUAAGGCAUUCGCACGUCUUGAUACAUUGCUCCGAUGGUUGGGACCGUACCAGCCAACUCUCGGCCCUAUCACAGCUGAUGCUGGAUCCCUACUACCGUACGAUCGAAGGAUUCAUCAUACUGGUCGAAAAGGAUUGGUUGGCAUUCGGACACAUGUUUGCACAACGCUCCGGCCCCUUGAACUGCGAGAAGUGGUUUACCUGCGAAAGGGAUUCCCUGGCUGGUUCUACGCUACAACCUGGGGAGUCAGACGGCCGUGCCGGAGAAGCCUUAGAAAAUGCCUUCGCUAGCGCAAAACGUUUCUUCAAGAACCGUAGUAGCGAAAGCAACGUCGAAUCUGACGGUGACGGUGUUAGUUCACCACCCGAAGACCCAUCGCCAACUAAGAAGCCCGCCUCGGGGACCUCGGAUGCUAGCGAAGCUACCCGGCCGACUGAGAUAUCCCCUGUUUUCCACCAGUUUCUCGAUGCCACCUAUCAGCUCCUACGACAACAUCCCAAUCGUUUCGAGUUCAACGAGCGAUUUUUACGACGGCUCCUUUACCACCUCUACGCUGGACAGUACGGGACGUUUCUGUGGAACAGCGAAAAAGCCCGGAAGGACGCCCGUGCGAGUGAAAAUACGAGGUCGGUGUGGGAUUACUUUUUAUCCCGAAAGCCGGAAUUUGUGAACCGGGACUACGACGCGACAAUCGAUGACAGGCAAAGCGGCCGGGAGAGACUUCUGUUCCCGAAACUAUCCGAGGUGCGUUGGUGGUACCAGCUUUUCGGUAGGACGGAUGCGGAGAUGAAUGAGUAUCUGGAUCUAGUUUCGACGAUGGACGAGAGGAUCGGCAGCUACACGGUGACCGGUACGACGACGCCAAACAGCGGUGGCAGAUCAUCGCGGUCGUCGGCUCAUACCCAACCCGCAAGUUUAACCCAGAGCAAGAGUGUGCUCACAGGCGUAGAAUCUGCGCACGAGGCGCUCACCCAGGACCGAGCAGCGGAAAGUCAGCCAGCAAGUCUCAAGCAUAGCGCCAGUGCCGACACGCCCGGCGCCUUCGCGACGAACUUUUCCAAACUCAGAGACGGCGUCGCCAGCUUAGAUCUCGGACGGGGAUUGUUCGGAGCCGGAUCAUCGAAUAAUAGCGCCGCCGGAGGAGAGAGCAGCAGCAUCAGCAGCGGGAAGAAUACUGCCACUCCGAGGAGUAGUACGGGGGAACAGGAGAUGACGGACAUGUCGUCAUUGACAAGGGCGGGUAAUGGCGAGAAGGGGGACAGUACGGAGGUGACUUCAUGA